AUGGCUCACAUCAAGGACACCGUCGCUUUCGAGCCCAAGAACAUGAUCUACCGCAACCUCGGAGACACCGGCCUUCGUGUCCCCGUGUUCUCGUACGGUGGCUGGCUCACCGUCGGCGGAACCCAGAAGGGCGACGUCGUCAAGGACCUCAUGCAGAAGGCCUUUGACCUCGGCAUCAACAUGUUCGACAACGCCGAAGUCUACUCAAACGGCCAGAGCGAGCUCGAGAUGGGCCGUGUGAUCAAGGAGCUCAACUGGGACCGCCGCGACAUCAUCAUCACAACCAAGGUCUUCUUCGGCACCGGCCGCAAGGAGACUCAGAACACGCGCGGCCUCAGCCGCAAGCACAUCAUCGAGGGCACGAUGCACAGUCUCGAGCGCCUGCAGCUCGACUACGUCGAUGUCAUCUUCGCCCACCGCCCCGACAUUUCUGUGCCCAUGGAGGAGAUCGUCCGCGCGUUCAACUGGCUCAUCGACAACAACAAGGCCUACUACUGGGGCACGUCCGAGUGGACCGCCGCGCAGAUCCUCCAAGCCAAGGAGAUCGCUGCGCGUCUCAACCUCGUCGGCCCCGCAUGCGAGCAGCCCCACUACUCGAUGCUGCACCGUGAGCGCUUCGAGGUCGAGUACAAGGAUGUGUUCAAGCGCGGCCACGGCUCGACCAUCUGGUCGCCCCUCGACUCGGGCAUCCUCACGGGCAAGUACAACGACGGUGUGCCCGAUGGCUCGCGCUUCGCCACCAACUCGGCCUUCUUCUCCAGCACCGUCAAGGAGCUCCAGACCGACGCGGGCAAGGCCAAGAUCGCAAAGGUCAAGGAGCUUACCAAGGUCGCCGAGAGCAUCGGCGCGAGCAUGACCAACCUCGCGCUCGCCUGGACCCUCCUCAACCCCAACGUGUCCACCUGCAUUCUUGGCGCCACCAAGCCGGAACAGCUCGAGGAGAACGUCAAGGCCCUCGACGUGUACAAGACGCUGCUGGACAAGCCCGAGGUCGUCGCCCAGAUCGAGAAGAUUCUCGACAACAAGCCCAAGCCUACCGAGAGCUACGGGCGUAUUGGACGUGAUGGUGAGCUAGCCUAG